UCAAUUAGUGAAGCAACCCAUCAGCUUCCCCCAUAGUUUGCUAUUUUUUUUUUUUCUUUUUUGCAGAUAAUCUUCGUCUUCGUCUUCGUCUUCAUCUUCAUCUUCAUCUUCUUCUUCUUCUUCAUCAAAGCUCGUUCCUUUCCUCGCCUUCCUUCCUCCUUUUACCCCUUUAACCUAACCCUAAUUUACCCAACAACUUGUCAAAUACCCCUUGGGGUUCAGACAAUCAAAGCAAUACAGAAACCCCUAAAUUCCAACUUCCCUUCUUCCCUCUAUAGGUCACAGCCCCUGAUUUUCGCAUUCUUCGCGAAUUGAUUGAAUCCCUACUUCUUCUUCGCCUAUCGCUGCUCUAUGAUGUAUUGAUAGAUUUGUCGCGGGGGCAUAAGGGUAAUGGUCGAUGUGAAUUUGUUGCUGUUCUCGUUGAGAACCCUAAUUUUGUUCCAGGGAGAGCGCUUGUUCUCAUGUUGAGUUCCUGUUACUCUCACUCUCUUGCCCGACGGCCUCUGUCAUCGCUGCCUGUUCAUCGGCUCGGAGUUUCUGCACGACCCAGAAGCUUGUGCCCGCUUACGCGGAGCUCCAGGAUCUCGUAUUCAACUCCUAGUCAUGCUAAAAAUGGUUGGAAAAUUUCAUGUUUCAGACAUGAUAGUCUUUCUCCUGAAAGUCCGAUACCUGAUUUUGUGGAACAUCUUCUCCCAGAAGAACCAGUGAAGCCUGAGCUGGAUAAAGCAGUUGUUGUUAGGAAGGACUGGAAGACAAAAUUCAGAGAGGCUGCAGAUGGGGUGGUUAGAGCAAUUGGGAGGCCAUGGUCAGUCCCAUGGACUGCAGAGACUGUCAUACAGGUUAUGGUUCUCUGGGUGGCCACAUUUUGGUUCAUAGGGACCUGGGUGGUUCCCUUUGCAGUCCACACGGCGGGAUUCAACAAGGAAUCCUUGUCGUUCCGUGGACAGGCACUCUACAGCCUCCUGACGGAUGUGGCUGAGGGCAUAGCCGGAAUUUCAAUCCUCCGGUAUUGCCUCUCGCGGUACCAUCCCUUUCCACCUGACUGGUUCACAUUCCGCCUCAAGGGCAGGUGGCAACUUGACUUGGCCUUGGGUUGCCUCAUGUUUCCACUAGUCAACCGGCUGUCUCAGUUCAACCUUGACAUAUUGCCACUCCUGCCAUCGACACCGUUGACCCUAUCAAGUGUCGAGCAGUCGAUCCUUGCACGGGACCCAAUGGCUAUGGCACUUUAUGCAGUUGUGGUCACAAUCUGUGCUCCCUUGUGGGAGGAAAUAGUGUUCAGAGGCUUUCUUCUCCCAUCAUUGACGAGGUACAUGCCAGUUUGGUGUGCCAUUCUGGUGAGCUCGGUCGCAUUCGCUUUAGCCCAUUUUAGUGUACAGAGGAUGUUGCCACUUAUUUUUCUGGGGAUAGUGAUGGGUGUCCUGUUCACACGGUCAAGGAACUUGGUACCCUCCAUGCUCCUGCAUAGCCUCUGGAAUGCAUUCGUGUUCUUGAGCUUAAUGAGAUAAAACAGUCUUUUUGUAGCAUUUGUCUGUAUAUUAGAUUUGCCAAGGAAAAAGAGGAAGUGUAAUAAUAAUAAUUCUUCUCAAGAAAAAUCUAGUGAAUGCACAGAGCAGUUGCUGAUUCCCGAACAAUUGUGAUUCCAUAAA